CAAAGUAACCUAUUUAUUUUUUGUAAAUAUUUAACUUGUUCCAAUUUUUAACUGAGUAUAACUAUGGAUGCAGGUAGACCUGCAUGUAAAAAGCGCAUCUAUUUUACUUAUUUAUUCACAUUAUCACUUCUUGCGAUCUUUUUCUAUCAUUUGCUGUGGAAUAGUAGAAAAACCAAUUUGGAAGUUUCGCGACUGAGAGAAGAUAUUUCCCUCCUCUCGGAAACAUUGCAGCAGCAACAACGGCAUUGCACAGAGAAGAGAGAGGGAUACAACCACAUCACAGGUGACCCUGCGGUUAGCAAAGGACCCUCAGCUGGAGGAACAUGCGAUUCGAGCGAAUUGAAUGCUCAAGUGGAAACGCUAUUCAAAAGCAAAAUCGGCACUCUCAUGGACGAUGUUUACAAUCUCAAAAAGCAAGUGAUGACAUCGGGAUGUGCCUUCCAGGGCAAUUUGCCGGAGACAAAAAAUGAAGCAAUGGCCCUGUCCACGAUGAGGAUCAACUAUGCCUCCGAGGAGCUGGGCGCAAGCAUUAUUAAUGUGUUAGCAAAGCCAAUAGGAGAAGUUAAUUUCAUUAGGAAACUGCUAGGCUUGGAAUUUAUGGCCAAUCCGCCAGUAAAUAUGCUGAGAUCGAAUCUAUUGCCUGGUUCGUGUUUUGGCUUUAGAGGGUCGAAUGCAACGGUGUUUUUACACCUGGCCAAAACUAUAAUUAUCGAGGAAUUCAGUCUGACGCAUGUUCCCAAGGAAACGACUCCCAGUCGAUGUGUGGAUAAUGCGCCAAAGGAUUUUGAGGUUUAUGGUUUGCCGCCAGGCAGCCACAAAAAGGAACUCUUGGGUCAGUGGACUUAUGAGAAUGCGCCCAAAAAACGGGCACAGAGUUUCCUUUGUAAAAAUACAAGCAGCUUUCAAAGUUUAGUUAUUACAUUCAACUCAAAUCAUGGCGCAAAUUCAACCUGCAUUUAUCGGAUAGAGGUGUACGGCAAGUUACCAUAGAGAAAACGUGUUAAAGUUGUUUAUGUGUUCAAAUUGUUAAAUGUUCUUUUUCAAAGAAAAUACACUUUGUGAUA